AUGGGCUCCCUGGCGGGACAGAGAAGAAAGGACCCACAGCGGUCGGAGGGCCCACCGGAGGCGAGCCCAUUUCAAGCGUGUGGCGCGGUGCUCGCGCCCGAAAAGACACCGGAGUCGGACAUUCAGGUCACCGGCGAGUACCUGACCAACUACCUCAAGGCAUACCUUGAUGCAGUCGAGAAGUAUGCCAUCAGACCCUUGCCUGCUUUCGCUGCCUUGAAGUGUGGCUCGAACAAACUUCUGACCGGGCUCAGACGCCGCUGGGACAUGGCUGCCACGAACGGAGCCGGGGAGGCCGAAUUUAAGGCCAAGAUCCGGGAGUAUCUGGACCUUACCCUUCCGGAGUGCUUCAUCCCGGAGCUGGGGGAGCAGAAGCAGGGCAAGGUUCGAAGCAUUUACUUCUCUGGAGAGAAUGUGGUCAUGGUCACGAACGAUCGUGUCUCAGCCUUCGAUUACAUCUUGCCGAACCUCAUCCCUUUCAAAGGCCAGGUCUUGAACAUGAUCAGCGAGUGGGCCUUCAGCCAGACCAAGGACAUCAUCCCCAAUGCUCUGAUCGAAAAUGUCGAUGCCAGCGUGGUGGUCCAAAAAAAAAUGAAGAAUUUGAACGUGGAGCUCAUUGUGAGAGGUUACUUGUGGGGAAGCAUGGCAGCGGCCUAUGAGAAGGGCGACAGAACGUUUUGCGGCUUGAAGCUUCCGGAUGGGCUGAUCCGCUUCCAGAAGCUCGACAAGCCCAUCUUCACACCCACGACCAAGGCCGAAGUGGGUCACGACGAGAACAUGACCAUGGAAGAUAUGGAGAAGCUUCUGGGUAAGGAGCUCGCUCAAAAGGCCAUGGAAGCUGCCAUGAAGCUGUUCCAGCGAGGAUCUGAGCUGAUGCGAAAGCGGGGGCUGCUGCUCCUGGACACCAAGUACGAGUUUGGGUUGGACGACAAAGGUGUGAUCCACGUCAUCGAUGAGGUGAACACGCCAGACUCCUCGCGCAUGUGCACGAUCGAGGAGUACGACGCCAAGUACCCGAAGAUAGCUGCGGAGAUGAAGACCGGCAA